GGCAGCGCGCGCCUAAUGAACGGGCAGCCCUCCUUGAGCCCUGGCACGCUGUUUGCUGCCGGCCACGCCGCCGCUCAAUCCGCUGCCGCUGCAUCGCAAAUUGUCGCCGGCCGUCCCGAGUGGCCCGGCGCGCUGGCCGGCUUCCCUAAUUCGCGGGCCUCCGGGCUGUGCUUCCCCCACCGGCGCCGACUCCUCCCCCACGAUGGCACCCACGCGCACCCUAUAAGAGCCGGCGGACGCAACGGGUCCGGACACUUUGGUUUGCCUCAGAGUUCCCCGGAAGACAAGGGCCCACCGAGUCCGUGCAGUGUACCUCAAAGCACGUCCAGGCGAGCCACCAUGCAGUCUUGGAGAGCCUUCCUAGUGCUGGGCACGCUUUUGUUGCUGGCGGUGAUGGCUAACAUGGCAUGCGCCGCCUACCGCAAGCCGCCUUUCAACGGCAGCAUCUUCGGAAAGCGGUCCAGAGGGGACCUGAACAACGCGGACAUAAAGUAUGCCAUGUGUGAAGCUGUCUGGGACACCUGCACGCAGUGGUUUCCGCUUCCUCAGGAUGGAACACAGUAGGACGACCUUCGCCCCAAAAGCCAGCUGGACGUGUUUCUUGACAACGGAGAACUCGAAGCCAAUACCUCCAUCCAGAACCGAAGAAACCUCCGACAAUCUGAUGUAAAAGAUUUGCAGCCAUCACCGCACAAUGUGCGUCAGGUCGCCUGCGCAUUGUAGAGUAGAAUGAAAUAAACGCAUGAUUUGUUGAAGCA